AAGAGAAAUAAGAGGUAGCAGCGCUAACCGUGAGACAAUGUCUGGCAGUGAUGGACCUGGACAAGAACCUGCUGGCCUGGACGGUUUGCCGCCAAUAUACUCUAUUGCUAAAGGAGAGGUGGUCUCAGUGCAGACCUAUGGCGCUUUUGUUCGAUUGCCUGGAUACAAGAAGGAAGGCUUGGUACAUGUGAGUGAAAUGUCUGCCACUCGCGUUGAGAGCGCCUCUGACAUUGUGGACGUCGGGGAAAAAGUAUGGAUUAAAGUCAUUGGGAGAGAGAUUCAAGGUGAAAAGGUGAAGUUGUCUUUCUCGAUGAAAUCCGUCAACCAGGGAACAGGGCGAGACCUGGACCCCAACAAUGUCAUGGCGGAGCAGGAUGCAAGGAGGCGAAGGCUGUUCAAAGACCACACAGGCAACCGGAUCACUCUGGAGGCUGUACUCAACACCACAUGUGCAAAAUGUGGCUGCAAAGGUCACUUCACAAAGGAUUGCUUCUCUGCUCCCGGCACGCAGUACGCACUGGUGCCUGAAGAGGACGUAGAAGAGCCACAGCAGCAGCCCAGCUCCACAACCAGACCACAGCCUGUUAGCGAGAAAAAGAAAAAGAAGGAACUUAAGAAGGACAAGAAGAAGAAGAAGAAGCGGAAGAGGAAACACGAGGAGUCAGGAAGUGACAGCAGCAGCGACAGUGGUGAAUGCAAACCCAAGAGAAGUUGGCGCGAACACACCAGCGACAGAGACGAUAAGAAGAGGAAGAAACACAAGAAGCACAAAUCGCACAAGAACACCUGAGUGUAGCCAACACGCAUUACAGCCCUUUCACUUGUCAAAUAAAGUCUGUAAAGGAGAGCAAAUUAGGAUCAUGUUGAACUGUCUUCUUAAAAAAAAAAACUCUAGCAUGAGAUUACUGCAGGCCUGCUGUGAUAUUUAUGUUUUUAAUAAACAUUAAA